AUCGGAUCUCAACCGCCCUCGAUAAUAGUUUCAUUGCCUGUAUGCCGCGGUUUUGCAUAUCCAUACACUAUCUGUUGUCUUUUUCAGUUUUUGUCCUGUCUUAUGUAUAGACUGCUUGUCCCUAUCCAGGAUGCCUGGCCUUGCUCGUAAACUCGUCAUUUGUGCUGCUGUUGACGGACUAAUACUGCAACCGCUCAACUCUAGGAAAGACCAACGCCCGCCACCGCCUGUCAAGAUCAAGUAUGGAGAUGUGUCGAUAUCUCCCGUCUCUCGCGAUUAUGCCCCAGAUAUCUCAACCCCGAAUUCAUCCUUUGAGGCCUUCGGGGUAGUCGGACUCAUCACCGUCUCCCGCUUCACCUACCUCAUAUCGAUAACCCGCCGCCAGCAGGUGGCCCAGAUCCGCGGCUCGCCCGUCUACGUCGUAACCGAGGUGGCCCUCACGCCCUGCACCUCGCCUCAGGACGCCAGCGCCGCCGUCGCCCAGACGGCCAUCCGCCUGCAGGGCCACAGCCCCGAGGCGAGCGGCGGCGAGAGCUCCGGCGAGGAGGACCUCACUGUGCGCUCCGGGGACAGCGACGAGGUUGACUGCGACGUCGUCGACGAGCCGGACUCCGCCGCCGAAGCUGACCCCGCCACCACUGCCGCUGCCGCCGCCGCCGCGGGCCGGGAUGCGGGCGCCGCGCGCAGGUCCAGCAUCGCGCGCGACGUUAUCAGUCGGAGGGGGAGCUAUGGCCGCUUCGCCCAGCGCUGGUUCAGUCGGACGGGCUGGGCCUUGGACCAGAAGCGCCAGAUGGGAUUGACCGAUACGGCGGGCACUAAGACCGCCGAUGCAGGCGGUGCGGGUGCCGGUGCAGGUGCCGGAGCCGCACAGGUAGAGGUACAAGAGGGAGGAGCGUUGAAGAGAGACGGGGCCGCGAACCUUCAGGAAUCCGCGAUCGACGAGGAUAACAGCUUUCCUGCUGCGGGUGGUCUGUUGCCCAAGUUGCUGCGCACGACCCAGAUACUGUUUGGCUCGAGUCGAAGCUUCUUCUUCUCCUACGACUACGAUAUCACACGGAGCUUGGCCAACCCGGGAGUCCCUUCCACGCCGCUUCACGAACAGGCCGACCCAAUGUACUUCUGGAACAGACACAUGAUCCGGCCGUUUAUUGAUGCUGGCGUGUACGCAUUCACCCUACCACUCAUGCAAGGCUUCGUUGGGCAGAAGACCUUCAUCGUGGACAGCCAACCGCCACAGAUCGACAACGAGGCCAAGGACUCGGUGGAGCUCAGCAACUUCGAGGCGUCGAAUCCGGCGUCGCCGCCGCCCAGCGAGAGGGUCUCGGGCGAGCUACGGCCGUCGCAGAAGCAGUUCGACAUAACCCUCAUCUCCAGACGGUCCGUGAAGAGAGCCGGGCUCCGGUACCUCCGGCGCGGCGUGGACGACGAGGGCUUCGUCGCGAACUCGGUCGAGUCCGAGCAGAUCCUCUCGCCCUCCACAUGGGACCCGGCAGCAAAGGUAUUCUCGUUCGUCCAGAUCAGGGGCAGCAUCCCCCUCUUCUUCAGACAGUCGCCGUACUCCCUCCGGCCCGCGCCCGAGCUGCGGCACUCUGCCGAGGCAAACUUCCGGGCGCUGAAGAAGCACUUCUACCGGCUUGAGAGCCACUACGGAUCUCUCCAGAUUGUCAACCUGGUGGAGAAGCAUGGCAUCGAGGCGUCGAUCGGGGACGUGUACGAGAGUAGCGUUCGACGUCUCAACGAGGAGGCCAGAGCCGGGCCCGGGGACGUUGAGGACGUCGAGGGUGGUGACAGCGAAGGGGAGGGCAGCAGGGACAAGAUCCCCUUUGAGUGGUUCGAUUUCCACUCGGCUUGCCGGGGCAUGAAGUUCGAGAACGUUGCCCUCCUCCUGGAAGCCCUGGGCGGAAAGCUGGACAGCCUCGGAAGCACCGUGGCGGUGGAUGGCCAGGUCAUAGCCCGGCAGAAGGGGGUAUUACGGACGAACUGCAUGGAUUGUCUGGACAGGACGAACGUCUGCCAAAGCUCCUUCGCCAAGCACAUGCUGGAGAUGCAGCUGAAGGCGCAGGGGUUCGACAUGAGCGUGCAGCUGGACCAGGAGACGGCAUGGUUCAACACGCUCUGGGCGGAUAAUGGCGAUGCCAUCUCGAAGCAAUAUGCCUCCACUGGCGCGAUGAAGGGUGACUACACCCGUACAAGAAAAAGGAACUACCGCGGCGCCUUGAUGGACGCAGGUCUGUCACUAACACGGUUCUUCAAUGGCAUGGUGAACGACUUCUUCCUCCAAGCGACAAUCGACUUCCUACUUGGCAACGUGACGGCGCUGGUGUUUGAGGAGUUUGAGGCCGCGAUGAUGACCCAGGACCCGGCCGUGUCGAUGCAGAAGCUGCGCGAGCAGGCCAUCGAACUCUGCCAGAAGCGGGUCGUCGAGGACGAGUCCGAGGACUUCAUCGGUGGCUGGGCGAUGCUCACGCCGGGGGUGCCCGACAGCGUCAAGGCGCAGACCUUUGACGAGGCCGUACUGCUGCUGACCGACGUGGCGCUGUACCUGUGCCGCUUCGACUGGAGCCUCGACAAGGUGAGCUCCUUCGAGCGCGUCGAGCUCUCCCACGUGCAGCGCAUCCGCUUCGGCACCUACAUCACCUCGACCAUCUCGCCCUCCCAGAUCGACGAGCUGCGCAACGUCGGCCUGGUCGUCGAGUACACGCCGGGUAGCAACGACAUCACGAGGAUCAACACCCGCUCCCUCUCCUCCAUGUCUAGCCCGCUCAAGGCACGGGCAAACAAGGGUUCGGGCUCGACCACCACGAGCGACGGCCCCUCGGGGUUCGCAGGCCUGCUCGGCCGCCGGCCCCAACCGCCGCCGCCCCGCAAGAUCGCCCUCAAGGCUCUUUACGCGACGACGUCCAUCGCGGACCAGGCGCUGAAGGAGGGCGCCACCGCCACGGGGAGUGGUAGUAGUGGUGGUGGUGGCGGUGGUGCCGGGGCAGCGGCCCGGCCGACGGAGAUCCAGCAGGUGGUCACCGUCGCGGCGGAGAUCGAGCGCCUGGCCGUGCAGGCCCAGCCGGUGAGAUUUGAGGGCAAGAAGGCCGAGGACAGGGGCCUUGUCGAGAAGGCCGAUAUCAUCUCGCUGGCGGAGGCGAGGCGCAGCACGGGGCUGCUGGAGCAGCUGGGCCACUCGAUCAAGAAGCUGGUGUGGGCGUGAUGGCAUCGGUUGCACGGCUAGCCUUUCCCCUCUUGGAUCCUUUUCUUUCUGUUGGUUUUAAGGAGAAUACCCCUAGGAGCGAG